AGGCAUCAGACCUCUGAGGAACGGACAUUUACAUUUCAUUUGAUUUUUACAACCAGAGGAACAAAUAAUAAUUUUAUUCCUAACUUUGCUCUUUUCUUUUCCUCACAAGAGACUUUCUCCCUGUGUGUUUGGAAGAGAACAAAAUAUUGGGAGUCCUGAAAUCUCAGAUUUCUGAGGAAUUGGAAAGUCACUGCCUGUCAGGCCUGCAAUCCGGGAACUUCCUUGAAGGCGAAGUGAACUUGCAAGUUAGACUCAUUCUCUCCGUUGCAUCCUGACUAUGCACGCACACACGCAUGCACGCACACACUUCCACCCAGGCACACACACACAUGCACGCACACACACAUAUGCACACAGGCGCACGCACACGCCUUUCUUCCCCUCCCCUUCAGAACAGUUCCUGCUGUCUCUACCACGCCCGUCCCACGGCAGCUCGUGGUUGGCGAGGGCCCAGGCCAGUGGUCAGAUGCCGCGGCCUGCCUCCUAUCGUGCCCAUCGUUGCUUUGGUCAAGACGGCCCAAAGUGGAGUGAAACGCAGGAGCAGAGACACCGAGUCACAGAAAGAGGAUGGGAAAUUGUCUCCCACGAAAACUCAGUUGCCUGAGAGACAAUCAGAAGCAGCCCAGGAAUGUGAACCCAGACGUGGGAAAGAAACAGCAGGAAAUGACUACAUUUGAGAGAGAAAAUCAAGAUGGAGAUAAGAAAAGCAAAGAAGUUCCAUCCACUUCUGAUCAGGGUAAUGAGAAAGGCUGCGGCUCUGAAGAAGUAUGCUACUCCAUCAUCAAUCACAGCCCCUACCGGAGGGCCUCCCUGAGCUCCAACGAAGAUGGCUAUGAGAACAUCGACCCCAUCACAAAGAGAGUGAGACCGUUCAGAGACGGGUCCGAAACAGAAUACACCCUUCUGAGGACGACGUACCUCACGAGACCCUCUUCCUGCACCCCUGAGAAUGAUUAUGAAGUCGUGCUUCCUCGCCAGGGCCCUCACACCUCGUCAUCUUCCAGCAACAAACAUGAUACAGAAUAGUCACCUUCAGGGGAGUCUUCCUCUCAGCAUUCACAAAACAUUCAUUUCUGGCCAGAAUUUAGAAAUAGUAUCCUUCUGCUAUAUUGCCUGGGGAAACUCUGAAACAUGGCGUCUCUGUGGUAUCAGCUGAAAUAAUGACAAAGUAUUCUACAUCUGUUUGUUUGUAAGAUUUGAGGAUAUGGAGAUGGUGUGGAAACCUUCCUAGGACAAUAAGCAUCCACAGAUAUAUAACCUAGAAUAUCCAAUUCCAUCCCUGCUCUCCAAAUUUCAAAUGCCAACAUUCCCACUCCUAACUAUCUAUUUCAUUGUCAAGGUGUAAUCUACUCAAUAAAGAUGAAUGGAUAAAGUUGUGGUGUAUAUAUAUGUAUACACAUGCACGUGCAAUGUAAUAUUAUUCAGCUAUAAAAAUGAAAUCUUUCCAUUUGCAACAACAUGGAUGGACCUCCAGGGCAUUAUG